GAGUCAGUCUGCGUUCGCCAGUCGUCGCGACGUCCUCGCGAAACCGUCGUCGAUUCCCUCUCUUUGCGACUAGUUGGCCCUCCUCCUUCUCGUAGUCGUCAUCUCGUCUAUUUUACGCCUACAUGCGUAAUAUAUCUUAGAAUUUUCAAAUAAUUUACGAGGCAUUAUUUACCACAAGUUCAUACAAUUUUUCGACGAACUUCUGAUAUAAUAAUUCUAAUAAAUUUUCUCUCGAUUAAAAUUCGUAAGAGAAAGUUCUUCGAGUGUUAUUCGUUAAACGUUAAUCGUUAACUCUAUUUCUUUCUACGGGAUAGUGUUUGAAGAAAACUACGUAUAAUAAAUAUAUUUUUAUUAUUUUGAUGUUUUGAAAGAAAUCAUUGCCGAGACUAAAAAAGAUCUAGAAAGAAAAAGAAAAAGAGAGAGAGAGAAAGAGAGAGAGAGAGGGAGAGAGAGAGAGAAAGAAAGAGACAGUGAUAUCGGUGAGAUAUAAAAGAAAGUGAAGAUAUAAUACCCAUAAAAGGGAAAAGAGGAAGAGAGGAAAGACUUUUCUUUCACCGAAGAUAUAAUAUCGACUGUUUUCAAAAACUCUGCCCUCUAGAUCGUUCCAUUUUCUCUACAUUUCUUUUUUAUAUAUAUAUAUAUAUAUAUAUAUAUGUAUUUAUAUAUAUAUAUAUAUAUAUACAUAUUCACCAUCGACGACGUAUAAACUUCCCUAGCUUUUACGCUCUUAUCGUAUUCGUAUAAAAAAAGCGGUGACUUUUGAAGGAACUUCGGUAAGCGGAAACUCCUCGGAUAUACCGUGCACACGCUCUCUUUGAGAGCUUUUCCCGAGCAUCCAAGAGUCAGUUCGAUCGUUGCUCCAUUCGAAGACGACGACGACGACGACGACGUCGACGUAGACGACGACGGAUGGUUCCCCCGUUUUGAUCUCCCAUCGAAGAUCCUGCUAUCCCCUCUACACUUUCUGGUCGAAAUAUAUAUACACUUGGACGUUAAGAAUUCUACCUUUUCGAGUGAUCGACUGGUGUAUGUCCGAGCUCGUCGGCGAUUCGCCCAGGUGAGAUCACGUCGGCGAACUUUGAAGAUUUCACACGAGAAUAACAUAACGGCGAUGAAGAUGAGCAAAGUGGGCAAUCAGACGAAUUCGCAGGACCCACAGGCAGUGAAUUCCCGUGUGUUCGUCGGCAAUCUAAACACGUUUCAGUGCAGUAAGACCGAUGUGGAGCGAAUGUUUCAACGUUACGGUCGUCUAGCCGGGAUUUCCAUGCACAAAGGAUACGCCUUCGUACAAUUCACGAAUCCCUUUGACGCACGCAGCGCCUGUCUUGGGGAAGAUGGCCGUACCGUUCUCAGCCAGAUACUCGACGUCAAUAUGGUGGCCGAGCCGAAACCUCAUCAGACCGGCCGUAAGCGUCAGAAUGUUACCAAAACUGGAAACGAUUGGGACUACUACUAUGACAGUUACUAUGCAUCGACCGCUUUUCCACCUCGUUUGGCACCGCCACUGAAAAGACCUCGUUUAAUGCCACCGGCCCGAUCCCAACAUCCGAAGCAACAGAAACAACAGCCGAGCAACAACACCGCCGCAGUGCCAGAUUUGAAUCAACUCAAAGUAUACAGUAAUCCAGACAUACUUAUAUGCGGCAACUGCAGGGAUAUGUUCACCGAUCUCGGGGAGCUUCUCGAACACAAGCGGAACUACUGCAAACUGCGGUUCACAUGUAAAUGUCACACCUUCAACGGAGCCGCCCCAAGAGACUCUACGACGGCACUGCUCUGUGUGCUUUGCAAGGUGUCCUUUCCAACGGCAUGGGAAUUGAUGGUUCACGCUCAAGCUGCUCAUAUGAUAAACAUCUACGAACUUGGUACACGGCCACAGAGUCCAAGAUCAACGCAAAGUCCACCGCAAAGUCCGAGCCAGCACGCCAAGGAAUCGUCGCCUUCGCCUCAGGACUUUCAAGAGAUCAAAGCCACGGAUUGCGAGGAACGCGUCGAAGAGGAGGAUCUUGACGGGCACGAACUAAUACCAUCCCCUGACAGUGGCAAGUCAACGGACAACGAGGCCGCUCUAUCUCCGAUCAAAAUACGAUCCGACGUUAAUGGCCUGGAUCACGAGGAUUGCGACGAAUUGAUCCAGGUCGAGAACACAGCUCAGGCCUGCAUCAUGCACGCCCUUAGCAUCGACUCGUCGUCGUUGGAGCUCAACUCCGACACGAACUCGAGGGGAAGUUCUGGCCCGGUCAUGGCGUUGACUAAUGGAUCCUUGUCCGCGAAGGAAUAAGUCAGAAAGAAUUAACCAAAGGAAUAUGGUCUUCCCUAACCUAGGGAUUCCUGAACCAACGCCACCAACGAGACAUAUCGAUCUCCUUUUAAGGAUAUACAUGCAUACAUACAUACACUUAAACAGAGAUAUACACACAGAGAACCGCCAUGUAUAUAGCUUAAAUGCCUAAGAAAUAAUUCAGGGUCGUUCCAUGCCAUAUACUCAAGCCCAUCUCGGACAUUGCGAAUUUUCGGUAUCAAUCGAGAAGGAAUCGUGGAAAGGGCCGGGGAUGAGAAGGUGAAAUAUUAUCAGGAGAAUUCGAGACUAUCGAACAAAGAUCAAGCGUUUUGCCAUCUUCCGUUGGAAUUUCGACGUUCGACUCCUAGACAGUUCGUGAUUCUAGUCAAACACACAUAUGUAGACACACACACAGAGAAAGAAAAAGAGAUACAGAGAGAGAGAGAGAGAGAGACCUAAAUUCAUAAAUGAUAAAUGAAGAAGGCUAUUCUCUAAAAGUCUGGGAGUAUUUUAUCGAACGCCGAAAUUUGACCUAUUCAAAUUCUACGAUAAAGAAAGAAAAUAGAGAGAAAAGCGAAAUUUGAUUCACGAUUAGAUCUGUCCUAGGAACGUGCCGUUAAAACCGAUGGUCCCCUUCUCUCAAAGAAUAAAUUCGAUGCGUUUAAAUUAAAACGUGGUUCUCGCGAAAAUAAUCGAACCAAGAAAAAGAAAGAAAAAGAAAGAGAGAGAGAGAGAGAGAGAAAGAAAAUAAAAAAUAGGACAACGAUUUGUUUCUUCAACUUGGAAUCGAAUGUUUCUCAUCUGUGAUAAUAUUGUGAAUCGCUUUGCUUUGAUCGAUAAGUCUAUAAAAUAUUUUUACUUUAGACAAUGCGCGAAUCGAAAUCGAAAUGAUAAUGAAUGUUACGAGUUUCGAAAUGCGAAAAAAAAAAAAAAAAUAACGAAGAUAAAACGAAACGAUUUUAUUUCUUUGAAUCUCUUUUCGAAUCCCCCGAUCCGUUUCACGUAGCGGGUAGCAAGUCUGUAAAUGAAACGAAUGAAAAAAUAAUGCUCUUAACUUUUCUUUUCUCCCCCUUUCGUUCUUUAAUGCGAAUUUAGUUGUUAGAAAAUCAUUUUAGAAGUAGAACAUAUAUAUAGAGGUAAUCAGACCGUCCGUACGUGGUAGACUCUACGAAGGAUUUAUAGAUAAAGGUUUCUUCUGAAUACACAAGGUACAGAAAGAGAGAGAGAGAGAGAGAGAGAGAGAGAGAGAGAGAGAGAGAGAGAGAGAGAGAGAGAGAGAGAGAGAAAGAGAGAGAGAGGAAAGCGAAAGAGGGGAUGACACGAGCACGGUGAUGCGAUGUAAAUAAAGAAUAUUUUUUGCGUUACUUUACAUACAUACACACUUGCAAAACGGUGAUGAUGGGAAAAAAGUAAAAAAAAAAAAAAAAAAUGAAAAAAAAAAAAACAAAAAAAAAAACAAAAGAAAAAAAAAAAGAAAAAAAUACCAAACGAAAAGAGAGAAAGGAAGAUUAAUUACCUCUUAGAGAGUUGUAAAUAUACGCUUGUAAUUUAAGUUAGUGCUUAAAAAGAAAAAAGAAGAAAAAGAAAAAAAAAAAAAAAGAAAAAAAAAAGGAGGAAAAAAAUGAAGAAAAAAAAAAAGUCAUUAAAAAAAUCGCGAGAAAGCGAGAGAAAGAGAAAAACGAAGAGAUAAAGGUCAGUGAUCUAUUGUCUUAUUGAGAGUACGAUUACGGAAAUAAGGAAUAUUUUAUCCGCACGUAUAAAGAAUCCUUUGGACGUUCGCAAAAGUUGUUUCGCCUUUAAUUAAGUGUUUUUUUAUUUUCUUUUUUUUUUCCCUUUCUUUUCUUUUUUUUUUUUUUUCAAAUACAUAAAUACAUAAAAUAUGUCGACAUGUACCGUUAUGGCAUGGAAUCGACCUAUAUCAUUUAUCGAGUAAGGUAUUUUAAAUUUAAAAUUAUUAGUCGAACAUAAAAGCGGGGAUUGAUCGUGAAAAAUGUUCGUUUCAUGAUUCGCAAGGCUCCUCCUCCAAUCUUAUUAUAUGACCUUCCUUUUGUAGCGCUCACACGAUGACGUAUACAUGCACGUAUACAUAUUACCCACACACGUAUGCAACACGCCGCAAAGAAAGAAAGAAAAGUAAAAAAAAAGGGGGGGGGGGAGGGAGAGAGAGAGAGAGAGAGAGAGAAAUGAAAUUCAAAAAACAUAUUAAAGUUUUUCGAAAAACGAAGAAUUAGCGUGCAAUAAUUGUUAAGACGUUCAAUAUGUAUUUUUGAUGAUGUAUGAAUCCAAUUUUCUUCCAUUAAGAAGAUGAGAGAGAAAGAGAGAGAGAGAUAGAGAGAGAGGGAGAGAUAGAAAAAGCGUCGUUUGAUUUAACCCUUGCCUUCGCUAAUUUUCUUCUUUUUCCUUUUUCUUUCUUCUUUUCGUUCAUCUCGCCUGUGAAUCGCAUUAUCGUAGAGCAGAGUUUGGAAACUUUACACAAACGAUCGUAUUAACCGAGUGACAAUCCAGCGAUUCGUUUCCAAGGGCGACAGAAAAAAAAAAAAAGAAGAGAAUAAAAAAAAAAAAAAAAGAAAAAAAAGAAAGAAAAAAGGAAAGUCUUUAAUUAAUUACUCUACACGUGCGAUCAAUGAUGGAAUAGAAAAAUUCCAUUGAUUUUUCUUCUAUCCUUAAUUUUUCAUCGUAGCGAAGAACUUUCGUGAACAAAAAGUAAUAGAAAAAGAAAUAGAAAAAGAGAAGAAGAAAAAUGAAUGUACGGAAUUAUGUUUUAUGAACGUAAUGCCUUUUUUCAUUCUUGCUCUUUCAUUUUCCGAAGCAGUUCGCUUCGUGGGAAAUAAUCCAAAGUGUGUCCAUAAGAGAUACGAUUAAAAAAAAAAAAAAAAAAAAAAGGGGA